GCACCGGGCGAAGAUGCAGCGGCGGCGGCGGCGGCAGGAGACGGGCGGGCGGACUGGGCGAUGGACGGAGCCGAGCUUGGAGCCAUGUAUCCCUCUGUCAACUGCUCCCACUGGGAAUUAAAGCUAUCCAUCCUGGAGUUGCUGGAGCAAGCAACCUACAAGGACCUGUGCAACGACAGCAGUCGAGAAGAGCCUUACUUUGACCCCGAAGACCUGAACAUGACCAUAGAGGAGCUCCGCUUGAAGUACUUGGGGCCUCGCCGGUCGGGGUUCUUCGUCCCCAUCUGCACCACGUACCUCCUGAUUUUCGUGGUGGGCGCCGUGGGCAACGCCCUGACCUGCCUGGUCAUCAUCCAGCACCGAUUCAUGAGGACGCCCACCAACUAUUACCUCUUCAGCCUGGCCGUCUCGGACCUGCUGGUCCUCCUCCUGGGCAUGCCGCUGGAGAUCUACGAGAUGUGGAGCAACUACCCGUUCCUUCUGGGCGCAGGCGGCUGCUGCUUCAAGACGCUGCUCUUCGAGGCCGUCUGCUUCGCCUCCAUCCUCAACGUGACGGCCCUCAGCGUGGAGCGCUACAUCGCCGUGGUGCACCCUCUCAAGGCCAAGUACGUGGUGACCAAGAACCACGCCAAGAGGGUCAUCAUCACCGUCUGGGUCCUGUCCAUCAUCUGCUCCAUCCCCAACACCAGCUUGCACGGCAUCCAGACCCUCCACGUCCCCGCCCGGGGGGUGGUCCCUGACUCGGCCACCUGCACCCUGGUCAAGUCCCGCUUGAUGUACAACCUCAUCAUCCAGGUGACCACCAUCAUCUUCUUCUUCGUGCCCAUGGGCGUCAUCAGCGUCUUGUACCUGCUCAUUGGCCUUCAGCUCAGGAAGGAGAAGAUGCUGGAGGCUCUGGAGGCCAAGUCGGCCAGCAACUGCGACUACCACAACAUCCGCCUCCAGCAGAAGAAAGUCCGCAGGAGGCAGGUGACCAACAUGCUGUUCGCGCUGGUGGUCGUCUUUGGGAUCUGCUGGGCUCCCUUCCACACCGACCGCCUGGUCUGGAGCUUCGUGACCCACUGGACCGACCAGAUGCUGGGGAUGUUCCAGUACGUGCACAUCAUCUCGGGCGUCUUCUUCUACCUGAGCUCGGCCGCCAACCCCAUCCUCUACAACCUGAUGUCCACCCGCUUCCGGGAGAUGUUCAAGGACGUGAUGUGCCGCCGGCGCUUCCAGAAGCUGGGCUCGCGCAAGCACUCGCCCAGCAGCACUCGCGUCACCAUGCGCAGCACCGUCUCCGAGCACGUUGGAGGAGGCGACGGGCAACCGCUGUCCGACCUGGAGGACUACGAGGCCGACCCGGAGAGGGAUGAGGCGGAGGAGUGCGAGGGCCCUUUCCUCUGAGGAGGAAGCCGCGAGUCCAGCCGCACAUGUCUUAGGAGGACGGAGCUUUCCGCCUGGGCUGCGAGGCACCGCCAGCGCUUGGCGGUACUGUGUAAAAUAAUGCGUUGGGAUGGGGGCCUGGUCCUGCCUGGCCCCGCGUCCAUUCCCAGCUGCUUCGCCCUCAGGAACUCAACCGCGUUACGAUCAGAGGGCUUUCUUUUGUGAGGGGCCGCACAUGAAUGUCUUUCUCGGCCCCUCGUUGUAAAACCGUCACCGUCACAAAGGGUGUGUGGAUGUGAGUGUGAAGGGGAACCUCGUUUCCGGGUUCCCUAAUUCGGCUUGCGCUUUUCAAAAU